UCGAAAAAGUUUUAAGAAAAUCAUUUAGUUGAUGUAAUCAAUUAAAAUGUCGCAACAACUAGAACUAUUAACAGAGGUUCCGUCACAAUGGUUAAAUAUAUCAAAUAUAACACCUGACAUACAGAGAAAGGAAAUAAAACCAUUCGUUGUUUUGGCCCUAAAGGAAUUGGAAGGUAAUCCAGACAGCAGAACUUCGAGCUUAAUGAGCGCGGAUAAGUUCGCGGCGGUGCGGGAGGUGGUGAGACAUGUGGCCCGGGCCCGGUCGGCCACUAAAGAGGCCUGGGAACUAGGGGAUAUGAAGGUGUUCUUAGAAAGUUUGAGAUUCUCAUCAGACUGUGUAGCGGAGCUGGCGACGCUGCUGUGUGCCGAGCAGCUUUACACCAACAUACCCAGACACCUGCGGGUGAAGCCAGGCCUGGCCGGCUUGCAGUGGAAGAUUGACAUGUCUCUUAGCCAAGCCAACAUGGAAGAUAGCACACCAGAACAUCAGAAGCAAGUACUCCGCCGCGACACCCACAUCAUACUAAUCCUCAAACUGACAGACGGACAGACACGCACAUACAGGUUGUCUAUAGCGAAGUUCCAUGAGCUAAGGUUCGUGGUCGCGAGCGCACUGAAAAGCAUGAUCGUGCUAGAGAAACGAAAGUGUAUGAGAAAAGAAUGACACACGUAUUCUUGGGGGU